AUGCACCGGCGCCGUAACUACCAGCAAGCUGUAGAGAAUGGGUUAGCCGCUGGCAACCUUGGUAGCAUUCAGCCCUGCAGUCUUGAGCUCCAUGUCCAGUUUUGCAACUGUCGCAAAGUCUUAAGUAAGACAACAAUGAUGCCCAUUCCUCAAGAGCCUACCAGGAUCAAAUCAACCACUAAAGCAAGCAAUAGGAUUGUUAUCUCUGGCGUUUCAGGUUUAUAUCCUGAAUCACGAAAUGUGAAAGAAUUUUCAGAAAUUCUUUAUAAUAAGAUUAACUCGGUGAAUAAGCAAAAAGAUCGUUGGAAUUAUGAUCCUGAGGUAGCGCCAUUUUUGGGUACAUUAUCAUUGUCAGACCUUACAAAAUUUGACGCCCAAUUCUUCAAAGUCUCUUAUCACCAAGGAAAAGUUAUGGAUGCCAUGUCCCGCAAGAUUUUGGAACAAUCGUAUCAAGCCAUUUAUGAUGCUGGUGUUAAUCCGGACCUAAUAUCUGGAAAGAAAGUCGGUGUUUACGUAGGAGUCUGUUUUUCUGAAACUGAAAAGACUUGUUUCUAUGAUUUUGCAAUUAAGACCGGUCUUGGUUUAUCAGGGAGUAGUAAAGCUAUGUUCGCGAAUCGUGUUUCAUAUUGGCUAAAUGCGAAGGGACCUUCGAUGGCCAUCAAUGAAGGGUGCUGCAGCUCGACUUGUGCAUUAGAUUUGGCUUACAUCGCUAUGACUCGCGGUGACUGCGAAAUGGCAGUUGUAGCUGGAUCUAAUCUCUGUCUUCAUCCACAAACCAGUGUCCUUUAUGAGAGGGUUUUGAGCACAUGUCCCGAUGGUAAGACAAAAUCCUUUGAUACAAAUGCAGAUGGAUGCGCAAAAUCUGAAGCAAUCAAUGUUGUUUUCCUUCAAAAAGCAAAAGAUGCUUUGAGAAUUUAUGCAGAACUUAUUCAUGUUAAAUGUGAGUUUACCGAUUUAUAUUUAGAUGAAAUGGGACCUUUAUAUGGUUUCUACCGUAGUCCCGAAAAAAUGUCUAAUUUUAUAAAGGGAUUUUAUGAUGAAGUAAAUGUCUCCCCUCUAGAGGUAGAAUAUGUUGAAGCUGUUGGUUCAGCUAUUCCUGAAGCCGAUAAAGCCGAGCUAGAAGCUAUAAGCGAAAUUUUUUGUAAGGGUAGAAUCGAUCCAGUCUUGGUCGGAAGUGUGAUGUCUAACAUUGGAUAUACUGAAGCAGCUUCGGGGUUGUCAGCUCUUACUAAGGUUAUCCUAGGCUAUGAAACCGGUAAAAUCGCAGCCAAUCUUCAUUGUGAUUCACCUCGACAAGAUGUAGCGGCUUUACGGGAAGGGAGAAUCCGCCUUGUCACUGAUCAUACUGAUUUCGGCCGCACCUACACAGCUAUUAACGGGCUUUCAAUUACUGGUAUCAAUUCACAUGUUCUCUUAAAUGGAUGCUAUAAGCCAAAGGUUCCUUCGCGUUAUAAGUCAAAUAUUCCAUACUUGAAUUCUUUUGUUGGAAUUGCUGCUAUGCAAAUUGGUCUGACUGAUGUUUUGAACGAACUAGGUAUUAAACCUGAUAAGAUUAUUGGUCACAGUGUGGGUGAGCUAGGUUGUGCGUACGCAGAUGGCUGCUUUACCGCAGAGGAAAUGAUUUUAGCAGCAAGCUGCCGCGGUCAAGUGUCUUUAGAGACGCCUCUUAUACAUGGAGCCAUGGCCGCGGUUGGCCUCGGAUAUCAACAGAUCGUGAAACUGUGCCCCCCCGAGAUCGAGGUGGCUUGCCAUAACAGCUCUGAAUCUUGUACUAUUUCGGGUCCUGCUGAAAUGAUACACAAAUUUGUUAAAGUUUUAGUUAGUAAAGGUGUUUUCGCCACAGAAGUCCCGUGUUCAAAUAUUGCAUAUCAUUCUCAUUAUAUUUCUAAAGCAGGUCCUAGUCUUCUUGAAAUGUUGAGAAAAGUGAUCAAAUCCCCAAAACCUCGUAGUAAACGUUGGGUGUCUUCUUCAGUACCUAUGAAUAGAUGGGAUGAGCCAUUAGCCAAGUAUUCUUCAGCUGAAUACCAUACGAAUAAUUUACUCAGCCCUGUACUCUUUGAGGAGGCAUCACGCACAAGUGCACUCUCUGUUCCUGUCACUCUCAUACUCCGGAAGGACGAGUACUCGACACGACCAGUGAGAGUUAAGGCGCAGGACCGACGGCUUUACGUGCUCUCCGAGGCACGGCGAAACUUGCGUUUAAAUAUAGCUUUACAUAGAGGAAAUGGCCGUUUUGAAGUAUUAGAUGAAAGUACUAAAAUCGUAACAGGUUAUAUAAGUGGGGAAAUAAAAAAAGACAAAAACAAACAAGACAAACUUAAUUUAAAUUGUAAGGAAGAAAUGCAACUUAAAUCAGAUGAUAUUUAUAAACUCUUUUCUAUAAGGGAUUAUAAUUACUCGGGCGUAUUUCGUAGUAUUUACAAUGCCAGCUUGUCAUUGUCUGAAGCUAAUAUAAAAUGGGAAGACAAUUGGGUGGCCAUGAUUGACAGUAUGCUCCAAUUAAAUGCGCUCAGAAGAAUUCAUGAAACGGUUUCUCAGCCACACUUUGUAAGAAAAAUAAUAAUUGACGUUAAUGAGCAUUUUGAUGAAAUGUAUGAAAUAGAUGGAAUAAAAGUUACACCUGCGAGGAUAUUUGAUGUUCUUGAUUAUACAAGAUGCGGUGGUAUAAUCAUGCGAAAUAUAAGAUUUCAUGAUUUACCAACUAUCUGUAAAAAUUUUGGAGUAAAAGCUUUAAAAUUUGUUCCUCACUUUUCUACGAACACUAUCGAUAAAGCGUCAGCACUCUCUACUUAUAUACAAAUAUCUGCUGAAAAUCUAAAUAAGCACGAUUUAAAUAUUGUUGAAAUUAUUGAAAAUAGUGUCUCUGAAUUUGUUGACACUAAUCAAAUGCUCCCUGAAAUUCCUGGAAUACAGGCCAAUUAUUCAGUAAUUACAAACGGUAGCCUUAAAACAAGUAAUACUGCUUCAUUGAGUGCAAUCGAUUUGUUGAUAGUGUCAAAUCUAUCAAAUAAUAAUGAUCUGUGUCAAACGCUACGCCAAGUUCUUACAUGCAAUACUUUUGUGGUUAACUAUGAGAAGUAUAAUGCAGAAAUCUCGAGGGAUUGUCCAUUAUCCCUGUACCAUAGUAUUUGUGCACAUACAAUAGAGUCAACGGUUCUAGAACUAGUGUUGUGGCGUCCCACUGAAUCAAAUGUUGGUACUAGUUCUGUAACAGUUUACACCGAAGCCGAUUUUACUCUACUUACUUCAAGAAUAACAGCAAUACCAUUAUAUCAAAAGCUUGUGAUAAUAACGUCAUAUCCUCCAUUAGCUUCUUUAAAAACAGCAGUAAAGAAAUGGAGAAAAGAGGAUAACCGCAAAAUUAAUCUAAUCAUAAUCAAAAACGAGUUUUUCAGUACCUGGAAUCUGGAUAAAAUACCACUUACUCACUUAGCCGUUAAUAUUUUGCAAAACGGCGCGUGGGGCGGAGAAUACUACUUACCUGCAAAAGAAACUUUAAACAUAGAAGGUCCAGAAUUAGAACUUAAUAUGAGACAAUUAGGUGACCUAGACUCUUUGCAUUGGACAGAAAUACCAGAGCCUAGAGGCGCGGGCAUUAAUGUAAAGGUUCAUUUUGCUGGAGUAAAUGUUGUUGAAGUACAGAAAAAAAUGGGAGUUAUUUCAUGCAAUAAAGAAGUCAUGCAACUUUUCGAUUUUAGUGGAACUACUGAUAGCGGAGCUCGUGUAAUGGGAAUUGCGAAUUAUGAAUCUAUAAGAACACAUGUAAGUGUGAAACCGGAAUAUGUGUGGCCUGUGCCGGCACACUGGACUAUGGAAGAUGCAGCUACAGUACCAUUGGCCUACUGUCUCGCUCUAUAUUGCCUGUGUAUUAAGGCAAAGCUCAAGCCUGGAAUAACAAUUUUGGUACAUGGAGGUGCUGGGGCUCUUGGCCAGGCAGUUAUAUCGAUUGCUUUGGCAUAUGGCUGCAAAGUUUUUACUACUGUGAGCGAUAUCAAGAAAAAGAGAUUCCUACGAAGACUCUUCCCAGAGCUCAAAGAAAGUUACAUUGGACAUUCACGCGAUAUAAGUUUCCGAGAUAUGGUGCUACACGCUACAAAGGGUGAUGGUUGUGAUUUAGUCAUAAGUUGUGUUAAAUAUGCCCUUAAAAAUACUACGAUUCAGUGUUGCAGACUAUCAGGUACUGUAAUUGAUACAACCUUAUUAUUGAAUAAAGAAAAUUAUGACCUCAGUAUGAAAUAUUUGGCAAAAGGAAUAUCUUACUCCACCAUGAACUUAUUGUCAAUGUUGGGAGAUGAAGAAGAGGACUUACAGGCACAAAAGUUGCAAUUAAUGCUCACCGAGGGUAUUGCUCGUGGAUACGUCAGGCCACUGUCUCGUGUGACGUAUUCCCCACAAAAUGUAACACGUGCAUAUAGUCUUCAAGCUAGAAGCCGUCAUCGUGGACGUGUACUACUCGACUUACAAAAGGAUCUAUCUUAUGCUCAGACAAAAAUAGCUUGUUCUACUCAACUACGACAGUUGGUAAUAUCAGAGAACGAAUUGCUGGCAUUAAAAUUAGUCGACAGACUAGUGGACCGUGGGGCUAGAAAGAUAAUAUUAGUUUCUUCGACUGGAUCAUCAAAUUGUCUGUCCCAAAAAUUACGAACUUGGGCCAAACAAGGAGUACAAGUACAAGUAAUUCCUGGAAAUAUAUUUAGUCCAAAUAACAUUAUUAAUUUACCAGCUGAAGAUAACUCGUUAGCGGGUAUUGAGGGAAUAUAUUACAUAGUUUCUUCAAACGCAAUAAGUGAAAAUAGUUACGAAAUGUUGGAACAGACCAAACUAAUAUCGCAAAGAUUAUGCUCAAAUUUAAAAUAUUUUGCUAUUAUUACCGACGGAAAAGAUGAUUUUGAAAGAACAGUCUUAUCUAAAGCUGAUAAUCAAUUAUUAACCUGGAUUAAGCUGCCUGCUUUGAAAAUAGUACAUAAGACUAAUGAAAGUGAAUAUGAUGGAGCUAUUUUAGCAGUAAAUGCCAUUGAUGCCAUUGAAAAAGCAAUUUGCCUGAAACAACGUGAUAUACUUAUACAUUCCUUAAAAAAAACUUCUUCUGUGUCCUUGGUACAUGAAUUAAGUUCAAAAGCAGGCAUAAAUAUACCAGAUGAUAUACCAGAAAGUACUAUUAUCGCAGAUUUGGAUAUUGAGCCUGCUAAGUUAGAAAUAUUUAGGUCUUAUUUGCAUAAUACGUAUCACAAAUUCUUAGACGAAAAUAGCUUACCAGUCUUAACUAUUAAAUCACUUCGUCAAUUGGGAGAUACGAUUACAGAAAAAGAGUAUAAAGAAACUGAUGGAUUCGACACGUUCUGGUCAAAUAUAGAUAAUCAUGAGCCAUUUGCCACAACCGAAAUAGUGUUCUUACCGACACUGAUAAACAGUUCAUCGAUGCGCGAAGAUGAAUUUGAUAUAUGUAAUGUAAAUCAAACGUACUUGUACGUGGUACCAGGAGUAGAAGGUCUUCAUUCGCGUUUCAAAAUUCUGUGCGAGCGCCUUAAGUUGGGUGCCUUCGUAUUGGAGCCUGGUCUUGUUAGACCUAACGAAACCAUUCAAGAAAUGGCUGACAGAUUUGUAAAGAUCCUGUUUAAAAAGAGACUGUUGAAGAAUAGAUUUUACUUACUAGGUUAUGAAAGUGGUGUCAUUGUGGCAUUGGAAAUGGCGGCAAUUUUGGAAGAUCAAGGUAUAACGGGCACUGUGUUCUGCAUUGGUGGCGCUCCUAAUGAAGUGCAAGCGGUAAUUGAAGAAAAGCUUGAAAACUACAAUACUGAGGAAGAAUUACAAAAUGCCGUUAUACGACAUAUGUGUAGUUUAGUUACUAAAGAGAAUAUACUGGAUUUAGACAAGGCUCUACAAAAAUGCUCUACGUGGGCAGAAAAGUUGUCGCUAGCCGGACACAUUUUAUAUGGCCAAGUUAUGCACUCAAAUGAAUAUACAAAAGAACUCAUCAAUGCAGCAUAUGCAAGAAUUGUACAAGCUCGUCGUUAUAAUGCUGAACCCCGUCAACUUCAGUCUCUUUUAAUAUCAAUCCGGCCUUCAUCGACCCGUGAUCGGCAUUUGAAUAAUAACCUACCUUCUUUGCAAAAUCAUUCCCUACGUAAAGUAGUCCAAUAUCAGUUGGAAUCUCCAUUCGCUUAUGCUGCCUAUGACUUACGUUGCAGUGCGAUAAUUAAUCAUCAUCUUGAUAAAGACAUUCUGGAAGCCUUUGAUAAAAGAAAUUUGUGCGAAUCGUACAUUACAAAUGCUGACUCAAUAUAUCAUUUGAAG